CACCCCACAUUUGGACAUUUGGGGCGUUUCGUUCCCUGACAGAGGGGUCUGGGACCCAGCUGGGGCCCCGGCGGAGGCAGACAUGCUGCCCCUGCUGCUGCUGGCCCUGCUGUGGGGGGGGUCCCUGCAGGACAAGGCAGGGUAUGAGCUGCGAGUGCAGAAGUCGGCGACGGUGCAGGAGGGCCUGUGCGUCCUGGUGCCCUGCUCCUUCUCUUACCCGGGGGACUCCUCGAAUUCCUAUCAUCCACUCUACGUCUACUGGUUCCGGGAGGGGGAGAACGUAUACCAUGGUGCUCCUGUGGCGACAAACCACCCACACAGAACUACGAAGCAAGAGACCCGGGGCCGGUUCCAUCUCCUUGGGGACGUCCGGAAGAAUGUCUGCUCCCUGAAAAUAGAAGGUGCCAGAAUGGAGGACACGGGAAACUAUUUAUUCCGCAUGGAGAGAGGAAAGGCAAGAUAUACCUACGAAGAGAAUAAGCUGAACUUGGAGGUGACAGCCCUGAAACCCGACAUCCACUUUCUGGAGCCCCUGGAGUCCGGCCGCCCCACGAGGCUGAACUGCAGCCUUCCAGGAUCCUGCGAAGCGGGACGGCCUCUCACAUUCUCCUGGACGGGCGAUGCCCUCAGCCUCCUGCGCCCCGAGACCACCCGCUCCCCGGUGCUUACCUUCACUCCGAGGCCCAAGGACCACGGCACCAACCUCACCUGUCAGGUGAAACUCCGAGGAGCUGAGGUGACUGGAGCUGAGGUGACCACGCAGAGAACUGUCCAGCUCAAUGUCUCCUAUGCUCCACAGAACCUCGCCAUCCGCAUCUUUUUCAGAAAUGGCACAGGCACAGCCCUGCAGAUCCUGAGCACUGGCAUGUCACUGCCCAUCCUGGAAGGCCAGUCCCUGUUCCUCGUCUGCACAGUUGACAGCAACCCCCGUGCCUCGCUGAGCUGGUUCCGGGAGGGAAAAGCCCUGGAUCCCUCCCAGACCUCAGUAGCUGGGACCCUGGAGCUACCUGACAUAGGGGCUGGAGAUGGCGGGGAAUUCACCUGUCGGGCUGGGCACCCGCUGGGCUCCCAGCAGCUGUCCUUCAUCCUUUCUGUGCAGAGAAGCCCCUCUUCCUGCAUGUGUGUGCCUGAGAAACAGGACGGCUCCUGGCCCCUCGUCCUCACCCUGAUCCGGGGUGCUCUCAUGGGGGCUGGCUUCCUCCUCACCUACGGCCUCACCUGGAUCUACUACACCAGGUGUGGAGGUCCCCAGGGGAGCAGGGCAGAGAGGCCGGACUGAGCCCCUCCUGCUCAAGACAGAAGCGAGGCGUGAACACCCAGCCCUGCAGGACAGACGCAGGACAUCACUGUCAGCUUCCUUCUGGAAGCUUGCAUCCCACUGACUACCCCUGUUUUCCUGCCUGCCCCAUACCCCAUCUACUUAUCCCCCUCUGCCUGUGAGUCCUGCCCCACCACACCUGCACCCCAUCCCCUCCCCA